AAAACGUCAAACGAUGUAAAUUAUGUUGAUAACUAAUAAGAUAUUGUUGGUGAGAGAUAAAGAAAGAAAAAUGUUAUUUUUCACCAAUAAGAAGUUACUAAAUAAUAACAUUAAUGAACAUUCGACACUAUAAAUACACACAGAAAUCCUCAUUGGUGGCAUAAAAACAAAGAAUACCAAUUAAGAAAACAUCAAAAUACUUUAAAAUGGAGACUAAAACCAUUUUCAUGAUAUAUUCUUUAAUCAUGGUUUUGCUAUCGUUUUCUCAUCCAACUUUGGCCAUAGAAGGCGAUAAUGACGAGCCACUACUCAUUUCAGACGACGAGUUUGAUGGGAUGAUUGCAAUGUCACCAACAUCGGACGAUUAUAACGAAAAUGUUGGUCGUAAAUAUUCAAAAAAACAAAUAGAUUAUCUUAAGAAUUGCAGUAAAAAGAUGGACGUCCCAUAUCAAUGUACCGUAGAAGUGUUAGCUGAUAUUAUUCAGAACAAAAGUGUUUCAAGGGAUUGUUGUCGGGGGAUAGUGAGAGCUGGAAAGGAAUGUCACACGGAAUGGAUGCGAUUAUUUUUUCAAAUAUAUCAACUCAAACGUUUUAGUUCUAAGCGGUUUUCCAAAACUAAUGAAAUAUGGAAUAGAUGUUCUACUGAAAUUGGAGCUGUUUCACCAUUUUCUCGUUAAAAAAUGU